UUCAGCCAAGCCUACGUGUUAAAAAGGAAAAAGUUUGCAGCAGCUUAACUGUCCUGUGACAAUUAGUUCAUUAUACAACGAGUGCAGUUAUAGUCUGUUAAAAGAACGGUUUUUGGAUAAGUCAAAUAAAUCAAGCUUGAACAAUUGACAUGGCAUCCAAUGGGGCCAAUGCAGGCAACGAGAGCGGCGAGACAGCAUCCCCACCUACCUCGGUCAGAUUAGACAUCUGUGAACGAAUGAAACGUUGGGAAGGAAAAGUGGCAGUCGUGACUGGGGCCAGUGGUGCUAUUGGUGGCGCCAUAGCGAAGGAGCUCGUUAAGGCCGGCAUGAUUGUUUGCGCACUGUCAAGGCGCCGGGAUAAGGUGGAAAAACUGCGAGCAAGUCUCUUCGAUGUAGCAGGCAACUUAAACUGCGUAGAAUGUGAUAUCACCGAGGAAGAAGAUGUGAAGCACGCAUUUGGUUGGAUCGCGAACACGUACGGUGGAGUUGAUAUACUAGUAAACAACGCCGGCGUGAUCACAAAAUGUCUACUUACCGAGAAAAAUAAUACUCGCGAUCUUUACACGACCAUGGAGACGAACAUAAUUGGAUUAUGUUUAUGCACGAGAGAAGCCGUAAAAUCCAUGAAAUUACGAGACGUUAAAGGACACAUUAUUAACAUCAACAGCAUAUUUGGACACAAGGUACAUCAGGCUGUACCGGGAACGCGACCACUGAAUGGAAUGUAUCCUGCGUCUAAAUAUGCCGUCACUGCCAUCACUGAAUGUAUCCGACAAGAACUCAUCUAUUUGGAUACGGGAUGCAAAGUAACUAGUAUUAGCCCCGGACUUGUAGAAGGUGACAUUUUGUCAACGGUCAGCUCCAAUGAGAAUGAAAUUGUGAAGUACAUGCCCAAGCUUAAGCCAGAGGAUGUUGCCGAAGCGGUUUUAUAUGCCAUCACAACUCCCGAUAAUGUACAGAUUCAUGAUCUAGUUAUCAAACCGAUGGGAGAAUUUUUAUAAGUGGAUCAUGUAGCAGCUUGCAAAAUAUUUCCAAAUUUUCAAUUAAAAAAUAUACUAGCU